AUGGCUUCCAAUCUCCAUGGCACCCUGACAUCUCUACUCAUCUCGAUCCUCAUCUGGUAUCCAGCUCUAUCAGCAGGUGUAGACCUCGACUACUGUGCAAAGUUGAAUACGGGAUCGAACUUUGACUCCGUCGUCGAUGGCUUCCAGUCGAUCGGAGCAUGUCAAAAGACAUGUGGAAGCAGCUAUGCAUUCGCCAUCUUGCAAGGGAAGACUUGCUGGUGCUCGAACGCCGCCCCUGGAAACACCGUGCCGAACGAUGACUGCAACCAGAACUGUCCCGGAUACCCCGACGAUAAGUGCGGAAGCGUCUCGGCAGGCCUGUAUGCCUAUAUCCUCCUCGACAAGAAACCGACCACGACAAUAGGUAGCUCGACUAUGACUACGACCACCUCGUCGGUUAGUAGCACUCAGUUCUAUUCCUCCUUCACCACCAUUGUUAUUAUUCCUACUCGGCACUCGAGUAGUAAUAGCAUACCUCUUACCUCACGCCCUCCAACUGGCGAAUCUCAUUCUUCUGCACCCCAAUCCCAGUCCCCAGCAUCACAAGAAACCGACACACAACCUCAAUCAACGCAGAUGAUUUUGACACAAAGUGAACAGACCACAAGUAGGACGACUUCAAGUUCAAUCUCUCGAACCACUACGGAGUCGUCCACCACAACUUCCUCGUCAUCGUCAUCAUCUUCUUCAUCAUCUUCCACCUCUUCCUCCACUUCUUCUUCUACCAAAACAUCCUCAACAUCAUCGACAACUACCGAGUCCGUUUCUGCCUCGAUCACCACCGUUGCAGGACGGGUUACUACCAUCACCGUUCCAAACGGACCAAGUCAAACUGGCUCUCCAGAUGGCAAAGAUGGUGGCUCUUCACUGAGCGGCGGCGCAAUCGCUGGAAUCAUCAUCGGCACUUUGGCCGCAUUCGGCAUCGCUAUAGGCAUUAUGCUAUGGUUAUUCUGCUUCCGUCGGAGCCAGCAGACAAAAAUUAGCGAUGGAUACCGUUCGCCUUUCCACGAAUCACCAGUUCCUCAGCCAAUCUUUGAAAGUACUUUGAGCAGCCGCGUCCCAGCCAUGAGAACCACACCAGUUGCUAAUGGGAAUGGUACCACUGCAGGUAGAAGAGGUAGCACAGCACGACUUAGCAUCCCCGCCUUUACCGACCAUCGAAUGAAGAAGGACGCCAUGAUCUAUUCCCACAGCGGACGUCAUAGCAACGUUUCCCUGCAGGAUAACCAGGACUAUUCCCGUCCUGUGUUGCGAUUGACGAACCCCGAUCCGGACGACCGUUGA